UUUGCAGAGAAGGGGAAGUAUGAAAAGUUGUCAUGGGCUAAGGCUACCAGCAGGCCUGCAUAUUGUCAGUGGAAUUAAUCUUCAAAAACAAAUGUUGGACAGAAGGAAUCGUAGUUUCAGGUUGUUCAUACAACUAACGGGAGAACAUUGGACAGUAUGCAAACAGUGUUGGAAGAUGAACAAGGAAAGAAUGAGGAGCAGAUGGGAGAGCAUAAAACAAAGAGCAAAUAAGAAGAGUGGAACUGAGAUGCUUUCGCUUCUUAGGAAUGAGUAGAAAAAGAAGAAAAAGCUGCAAGGGCAGAAAGAGCUCUGAUUCCAAAGAAUAUGAACAGUUGUCACCCAUUUGUAAAUGCCAGCAAAAUGUAGGAAGCCUUGAAAAUAAAGCAGAUGAAGCUCUGGCUCACUUUGCUGAGCCACUGCAUGUACUGAAGGGUACUGAAGAAAAUGGAAAUGAUCAUGAAAACAAGAAUCACAGUGGCUCAGAUGCAUCUGAAGACAGAGACCUUGAUAACAUAUCAGACAGCGAAAAAGAAGGAAAGAAGCAAAAAAACUACCCUCAUGCUCAGCAAGAUGAAAUCUUAGCUUCAGUAACUUUUGGUGAAUCAGAGGGCUCAUGCACAGGAAAAAUUACACUGUGGAACAAGACAGACUCUGCAGAACCUGUUAGCUUGGCUAUUGGAAGAAUUACUGCAGAAGUAAAAUAUGGUUCUUUUAAUGUACAAGUAGAAAUUAAGAAUGUUUCUUUGUUUGAUUCUGGAACAAAUCUUGUAUCUGAAAAAGGUAAAAGUUCAAAGAAUAAUAAAUGUUGUCAUGAAAGUCAAUACCAGAAAAGCCAGUGUUCAAAAUCUUCAAAGUACCAGUGUCCUUCAGCUGACCGUUCAGCAGAACACAGUGGGAGCUAUAGGGGUUCCUCUAACCAUAAAACUCAAACUGCCAUCAACAAAAAUGCCUCCCUCAAAAUGAACAUUGAAGCAAAGGAAAUCAAAGUGGAAUAUACUAGCAGAAAAAAAAAUCUAAAGGUUAACAUCAAACCUGGUAAACAAACACAGCACAAAACUUGCAACAGGGAACAUGAAGAUACGUAUUGGAGUGAAACAGAUUAUUCUGUAACAGAGGCACCUUGCAAUGCAGAUUGUAAGUCAUCUUUUAGUUUUCAUGAAAAAGUAGAUUUUGCAUUCCCAGAUGGAUGUACACUUAUCCCUCCACCUGAAGAAUUUGCUGAUUCUGACAAAAUGCAUUUGGAUACAAUUGCGGAGGGGAUAUCUUUGUACUCUGUUAAUGAUGGAAAGGAAUCUGACAGCCUCUCUACAGCCUUGAGAAUUUGGGGGCAAGAAAAUUAUUUCUGUAAACAUAACAAAAAGGACUGUGAAGACUACACUAAUGAAAAGGAAGACUUUUCAAAAGAUACAAUGCUUUUCUCAAAAAUAAAAAAUACAAAUUUCCUUGUAGCUAGUAAUACCUUGAAUAACCCAGACACUGGGAAAGGACAUACCAGUAAGAACAAUGUAUUAGGUCAAGAAAGAAAGAACUGUGACAAAUACAAAGACACAGGGCAAAAAACAGCAAGAAGAAGGUCUUUCCCAGAUACUACCCUUGAAGUACCAUCACCAGCUCACCCUAGAAGGGAUUCUGGCUUUUAUUCAUUGCCAUCCUUAAAAGUAUUACCUAAGGAGAUCAGAGCAGGAGAUGUGUAUAACAGGAACUCACACGUUCAUACUAGCUAUACAGAGCUUUGUAAAUGUCCUGACUUGACCUCUUCAGUGAGAAGUUUGAGAAGUCUUAAGUCUUCAUAUCAGUACGCUUUCACAUCAUUUGAUCAUAAUAUUACUGUUUAUCCAUCUGAGCCUGAAGAAAGUCUAGAGGACACUUGUUUCCUGGAUAACUAUGCAGACUAUGUGGGGCACAGUGAAGAAACAGAAGAACCGAUAAUGGAAAGUCUUCAUUCCAGUGGUACUAUAAAUGAAACAAAAGAAAAUGGGCAUGCAGAGCCUCUGAGAAACCUAGCCAUAUGGGAGGAAGACUCUGAGUCUACUGAAGACGCUUUAGAUGAAGGGACCCUAGAGUACAACCAUCUAGAAAAGCACAUUGAACUGCAGAACGAAGCUCAGAUGGUACAGGUCUCUUCACAUUCUAGAAGCCCUUUGAGUGAACUUAUUUAUGACAAGGAAAGUAAUAAUUAUGCAUCUACAGAAAGUGCCCCAAACCAGCUUUCAGCUUUACAGCAAAAUGUUCACCCAGUCCCUGCAGAGCCUGAGUUAACAAAGAAAAGGAGAGGGUCGGUAAUGACUGUGAUAACUGGAGAACUAGAACGAAGACUUAUCCAAGGCGACACUAAAUUGGUAACUGAUUCCUUCAGCUCUGCAGUAAGAAAAGGGCCUAAAUUUGCCUGUAGUAUACAAGAAAAAUCCUUGCUGUCACCCUUGCAUCCAGAGGAGCAUGACAUAAAAAAUGAAUCAGAAAGUUUUUCUGACAUACAAGAUGUGUCUGGAAAUACUCUUCUUGAAUCCAACUGCCAUAAAGAUUCAGCACAGGCUGUCAUGUUACCUGCCUCUUCAGCACAUACAGAAAAGAAUGAGGAUUUCACAGAACAUUCAAAUGUCAAGGAAAGACUAGAUAACUUUUGUGGUAAACAAUCAACUGAUGAUAGUUUAAGGAUAGAACCUGGAGCACAUCAGCUGCCUCAGUUAGCCAAAUCCAACUCUGAUGAAGUUGAAAAAAAGAUUGAAAUGAAAGAAGAUUUUAAUCAGAAUGCAGAUAUCCCCCCAUCAUCAGUAAAACAAAUUACUCAUAAAGACUUGAAAUCAGAAAUUAAUAAAACAAGAAAACUACCUUCGAUGAAAGACACCAGAGCAAGCGACAGUUCACAGGAAGAUGCAAUAGACCAGUGGGCCAGGAGGCGGAAGCAGUUCAAAGACAGCAAAAAAUGCAGCUCAGCUGGAGGAAGUUCCAUAAACAGCACAAUCACUGAGGGAUCAAUAAACUCAGAGGAUGCUCGAUCAGUAGAUCUCGGACUACAUUCUGAAAAUGAGGACAGAGGUUUUUAUACAGAAAACUUUCACUCUGCUUCCUGGGUUUUCAGAGGAGAUGAUGUCUCUCCAGAUAACAGUCCUAGAUGUCUCAGCAAAAGGCCUAGACCAGUGGCAAUUCGUGAAAGAACAGUAAAGAUCACUAAAGGAACUGGCAAUUAUCCUUGGGGUUUCAGGAUCCAGUUCUCAAAGCCUAUUCUUGUGACUGAAGUUGACACAAACAGUGCAGCUGAAGAAGCAGGACUUCAGGUUGGGGAUAUUCUCAUAGCAGUCAAUGGAAUUGAUGUCACCAACAUGCCACAUUCAGAAGCUGCCAAUCUGGCAAGGAAAGGUUCUGAUAUCCUGACUAUGGUGGUGGGAUCAGAUAUCAGCCGUUACCCUAACACCCCCAGACCUACCUGCCGAGGAUAUUUGCACAAACGAACACAGUCAGCAAUAUUGAAGGGCUGGAGAAAGAGGUGGUUUGUGCUGAAACAUAAUGGCUACCUACACUAUUACAAACACAAGAAGAAUGAAGGGAAAUGCAAACCUCUGGAAGUAACAAAGCUGGAAGGAGCAGAAAUUAGUGUUGACACCAGUCUGGGUAAACCAUUUGUUUUUAAAUGCAUACCUCAAAGUGGAAACAGGAUUUUCUACUUCUGUGCAACUUCCAACCAAGAAAUGAAGAGGUGGCUGGAGGCUAUGGAUAAAGCAGUGCAUCCUGUCCAUCAGAACCAUGUGUGGGUAGAUGUCACACUGCAUAACACUACACUUCCACCCUUGGCUAUCAAAAACCCAGAGUGCCUGGGGCUUCUCCAUCAGCUGGACAGAAUCAAAGACAUCUGGAUGCAGCACUACUGCAUUCUAAAAGACGGCUGUUUGUACUUUUAUGCCACUCUUCGCUCAACACCUGCCCAAGGUGGCCUUUACCUACAGGGAUAUACUGUGAGUGAACAGUCUCUGGGCUCCAAGAGAUCUGUAAUUGAACUCAAACCUCCAUCUGAAGAAUUUAAAACUUUUUACUUAUGUGCAGAGAAUGUAAACGAAAACAAAAGGUGGAUUACAGCUUUGAAAGCUUCAAUUAAUAAAUGGUUACCCUUACACCAGGCAAUCCAAGAUUUCAUGAACAGACCACUUGAGGAGACAAGGAUGUGAGAAGAAAACUCACUUUUUUCCCCUCAGUUUCUGUUUUCUAUUAAAAACUCCAUGGUAUAUCUUAUGGUUCAUCUCAAAAGAUGCUCUAGCAGCAAGUAAUUUUUAGUGUUGUUAUGUAUUCACAACUUUUGUAAGCAUUAGUAAAUAAAAGUAAAUCAAUGUUUCCUUCUUUGUGGUAG